AUGGUGGUGAAGGUGUAUGGCCCAACUUAUGGAAGCCCCAAAAGGGUGCUUGUGUGUCUGAUUGAGAAGGAAAUUGAGUUUGAAACAGUGGAUGUUGAUCUCUUCAAAGGAGAGAAUAACGAACCCGAGUUCCUUAAGCUGCAGCCAUUUGGAGCAGUUCCUGUUAUUCAAGAUGGUGAUUAUACUCUCUAUGAAUCUCGUGCAAUAAUCAGAUACUAUGCGGAGAAGUAUAAAGACCAAGGGACUGACUUGUGGGGAAAGACGAUAGAAGAAAGGGGUCUAGUGGAACAAUGGCUUGAAGUGGAAGCUCAUAACUUUCACCCACCAGUCUACAACUUGGUUAUCAAUGUUCUGUUUGCCCCAUUAACUGGUGCUCCUUCAGAUCAAAAAGUGAUAGAAGAGAGCGAUAAAAAGCUUGAGAAAGUGCUGGAUAUUUAUGAGGAGAGGUUGUCAAAGACCAGGUACUUGGCUGGUGACUUCUUCAGUCUUGCUGAUCUUAGUCACCUCCCAUUUGGUCAUUAUUUGAUGAACCAAAGCGGGAGAGGGACUUUGGUAAGAGAGAGAAAGCAUGUGAGUGCUUGGUGGGAUGAUAUCAGUAACAGACACUCUUGGAAGAAGGUUCUUCAGCUAUACAAAUACCCUGUUUAG